CAUUAAGGCAGAGCUAAGGAGAAGUUAUUGCUCAACCACCCAAAAUCAGGUCAACCUUGAUGAUCAUCGUCAUGACAUGGUCUUCCAUUUAAUGACAGUGCAAGUGGGGUCCUUCAUUCAUGUCAUGCUGUCAUGGUUUUUUCAACAGUUUUGCUAUCCAUUUCAGAGCAGCCAUUACCCUGCUAGAGUCAAAACCGAAGUUAAUAGAGAAAAGGUCUUUGGUUUUGGAGAGAGAGAUGGAAAAGCAGUGUCUUUUAGUGAUUAUGAUGGCAUUGGCCAUGAACAUGGCUUCGAGUGAACCAUUAGCCCCAUGUUAUUUCAUUUUCGGUGAUUCAUUGGUAGACAGUGGUAACAAUAACCAGCUCUCGUCCUUAGCAAGAGCUGAUUACUUCCCUUACGGUAUCGAUUUCCCAUUUGGCCCGACAGGAAGGUUCUCCAAUGGCAAAACCACCGUCGAUGUCAUCGCUGAGCUCCUGGGUUUUGAAGAUUACAUUACGCCAUACGUUACUGCGAGAGGACAAGACAUACUCAGAGGAGUGAACUAUGCUUCUGCGGCUGCUGGAAUCAGAGAAGAAACUGGACGACAACUGGGAGGGAGAAUAACGUUUGCAGGGCAAGUGAGCUACCAUGUAAACACUGUGGCAAGAGUGGUGAACAUAUUGGGAGAUGAGAGCAAAGCGGCUAAUUACCUAAGCAAAUGCAUUUACUCCAUUGGGUUAGGAAGCAAUGAUUAUCUCAACAACUACUUCAUGCCUCUCUAUUACUCCACCGGCAGCCAAUUCUCUCCCGACCAAUACGCCGACGACCUCAUCAGCCGUUACGCCGACCAACUCCGGAUACUGUACAACAAUGGUGCGAGGAAGUUCGCGCUGGUGGGGAUAGGGGCUAUAGGAUGCAGCCCAAACGAGCUAGCACAGCGCAGCCAAGACGGCAGGACUUGCGACGAGAGGAUCAACGAAGCAAACCGGAUGUUCAACGCUAGGUUAAUCUCUCUCGUCGACCAGUUCAACCAGAAAACUCCCGAUGCUAAGUUCACUUACAUCAACGCUUAUGGCGUCUUCCAAGAUAUCGUCAACAAUCCCGCUCGCUAUGGAUUUGGGGUUACAAACGCAGGGUGCUGUGGAGUAGGGAGGAACAACGGUCAGAUAACGUGUCUUCCUGGUCAAGCUCCAUGUCUGAACAGGAACGAGUUCGUGUUCUGGGACGCGUUUCAUCCUGGUGAAGCCGCCAAUAUCAUCAUCGGUAGAAGAUCUUUCAGAGCUGAGUCGCCUAACGAUGCUCAUCCUUACGAUAUCGAGCACCUGGCCAUGCUCUAGGAUCAGAUGAUGAUGCCGAGACGAAAGAAGAAAAGAAUGUAUACGGAAGGAGACCUUGCUUGUAUGUUAUCCUUUUGACAUCAAAAUCUGUUUAUGAUGAUGGGUAAUGUCAUAUUUUGAUCAUAACAAUAUGGUGUUACUUGUUGCUUUUUGGAUUCCUAAAUUCUUUUUUGAUGAAUGUAUGAUAAAUCCAUACA